UGGAUUAACAAAUUUUUUUGACAAACAAUAAAAAAGAGUUUAGCUGUUACAUGAAACAAUUAUUAGAUUAUCUGUAGGUUAUUCCCGCUCUCUUAACUGGUGAUUUUCUGCAUUCCCUUCUGUAGCGUCUCUUAAACAUCCCAGGACUCCACCAACAAAUCCUUCUAUUGAUUAUCCAUCCGGGGAAUCUGAUCAUGCUGCCAAGAGAACUAGGUCACUGGGAAUAUCUGAUGAGGUUAAUCUUCCCGUGAACGUGCUACCUAUAUCAUUUCCAGGGCAAAGUCAUAAUCAAGCUCUUAGUGUACCUGAUGACUUGCCCAAGACUGUUGCAAGAACAUUAAACCAGGGAUCAUCUCCCAUGAGCAUGGAUUUUCAUCCUUCUCAGCAGACAUUGCUUCUAGUUGGCACGAAUGUUGGAGAUAUUGCAUUAUGGGAAGUUGGUUCGAGGGAGAGACUGGUGUUGAGAAACUUCAAAGUCUGGGAAUUGGGUGCAUGUUCAAUGCCGUUACAGACUGCAUUGGUGAAAGAUCCCGGUGUCUCCGUUAACCGUGUUAUAUGGAGCCCCGAUGGUUCGUUAUUUGGGGUCGCAUACUCUAGGCACAUCGUUCAAAUAUAUUCUUAUCACGGGAAUGAUGAUAUACGUCAACAUUUGGAGAUUGAUGCUCAUGUUGGAGGCGUAAAUGAUCUUGCAUUCUCUCACCCUAAUAAGCAGCUCUGUGUUAUAACAUGCGGAGACGACAAAACUAUAAAGGUUUGGGAUGCCACAUCUGGUGCAAAACAAUAUACAUUUGAGGGUCAUGAGGCACCUGUAUACUCUGUGUGCCCUCACCAUAAAGAGAACAUUCAGUUUAUUUUCUCUACAGCAUUAGAUGGAAAAAUAAAAGCAUGGUUAUAUGAUAAUUUGGGAUCUCGAGUAGAUUAUGAGGCUCCUGGUCGUUGGUGCACAACAAUGGCAUACAGUGCUGAUGGAACUAGAUUGUUUUCAUGUGGAACCAGCAAAGAUGGGGAGUCACACAUUGUCGAGUGGAACGAAAGUGAAGGGGCUGUUAAGAGAACAUAUUUAGGGUUUCGGAAAAGAUCGCUAGGUGUGGUACAAUUUGAUACAACUAAAAAUAGAUUUUUGGCAGCUGGUGAUGAUUUCUCAAUCAAAUUCUGGGAUAUGGACCAUGUUCAACUCCUGACAACUAUUGAUGCUGAUGGAGGUCUUCCAGCAAGCCCUCGAAUUCGAUUCAACAAGGAUGGUUCUCUAUUGGCUGUUUCUGCUAAUGAAAAUGGGAUAAAGAUUUUGGCAAAUAAUGAUGGUAUUCGUUUAGUACGCACUUUUGAGAACCUAGCUUAUGAUGCUUCCAGGGCAUCUGAAACAGCUAAGCCUACAGUAAAUUCAAUAUCUGGAUCAGCAAACAAUUCUGGGUUUGCAGAUAGGGUGGCCUCUGCUGUUGGCAUCAGUGGAAUGAAUGGAGAUGCAAGAGAUGCCAGAAAUAUGGUGGAUGUAAAACCCCGGAUUAAUGAAGAGCCUAAUGACAAAUCCAAGAUAUGGAAGCUCACUGAAAUUAGUGAAUCAUCACAGUGCCGGUCCUUGAAGCUUCCUGAGAACCUCAGAGUGACUAAGAUAUCAAGGUUAAUAUAUACAAACUCUGGUAAUGCCAUCUUAGCAUUAGCAUCAAAUGCUAUUCACCUACUUUGGAAGUGGCAAAGAAAUGAACGCAAUUCAAGUGGCAAGGCAACGGCCAGCGUUUCACCUCAAUUGUGGCAACCUUCAAGUGGCAUCUUAAUGACAAAUGAUGUGCACGAAUCAAACCAUGAGGAAGCUGUCUCCUGCUUUGCUUUAUCCAAGAAUGACUCGUAUGUGAUGUCAGCAUCUGGAGGAAAGAUCUCCUUGUUCAAUAUGAUGACAUUCAAGACAAUGACAACUUUCAUGCCUCCACCUCCAGCAGCAACUUUUCUUGCAUUCCAUCCUCAAGAUAACAACAUUAUCGCUAUUGGCAUGGAUGAUUCUACCAUCCAGAUAUAUAAUGUCCGAGUGGAUGAGGUUAAAAGCAAGCUUAAAGGCCACUCGAAAAGGGUAACUGGCCUCGCCUUCUCUCAUGUGCUCAAUGUUCUGGUUUCGUCGGGAGCUGAUUCUCAGCUGUGUGUAUGGAGCACUGAUGGGUGGGAAAAGCAGAGGGCUAGAUCCUUGCAGCUACCAGGGAGAUCGACAUCUCAAUCAGAUACCAGAGUGCAGUUUCAUCAGGAUCAAACUCAUUUUCUGGUUGUGCAUGAGGCACAGAUUGCUAUAUAUGAAACAACAAAAUUGGAAUGUUUAAAGCAGUGGGUUCCGCGUGAAAGUGCUGCCCCAAUUUCUCAUGCCACAUUCUCGUGUGAUAGCCAGCUAAUAUAUGCCAGUUUCUUGGAUGCAACUGUGUGCGUAUUCACUGCAGGGCACCUCCAUAUGCGAUGCCGUAUUAUUCCUUCAGCUUAUCUAUCACCCAGUAUUAGUGCAAAUAUCCACCCAGUUGUAGUUGCAGCACAUCCACAAGAUCCGAACCAGUUUGCAUUAGGUCUGUCAGAUGGUAGUGUUCAUGUUUUCGAACCACUUGAAUCUGAAGGCAAAUGGGGCGUCCCUCCACCACUUGAAAAUGGAUCAGCAAAUGGCAUGACAACCGCUCCAUCUAUUGGAGCUUCAGGCUCCGAACAAGCACCAAGAUAACAAAGAGAGCAAAAAGGCUUGCGUUUUGUUUUGCUGGAUCUUAUCCGAAUUUCAGUUCACACUGACGAGUAAAUGUUCGUUCUAGGAGACUAACCAGAAUCCUCCAAGUCAAAACACGAAGUGUAUGUAACGCCCCAAAAAUUUGUGUUCUUUGUAAUUGGAAGGGAAGAAAUAUCUUCGCUAGGGGCUAGGAGUCUUAGGACUAGCUGCAGCCGACUUGGUUUUUCUACCAAUAUUGUGGCUUUCAUUUGUGGUACUCUAUUAGCUGCAGGACAUAAUUUAGCUCAGCAUUCUCCAACGUGUAAAUCUCCAACUCAUGAGGUAAGAUGUAAUGUAAAAUGAAUACUUUACUCUUUGUAAUCUUUAGUGUAGUGAGGAAUUCCUCCUAUCAGCUUUCUAAUUCGAGUGAUUCUUGAAUUGGA